UUUUAUUUUUUGACACGCAAAGACCCAAACAGGGUUCCUUAGCAAAGACCCAAACGGCACCCCAUAGAAAUCCUGAAAAGACUGAAUAAAUGAACAACAAAGCAGCACAGCAAGACAUUCUGUCCAUUUCCUGUCACAGCUUUGACGGGGACACCAACCAGACUUUUGGCAGAGCCCAGGGCAGGAAGAGCCACCUGGACAACCUCUUCAAGGUCCGUGACUGGUGCCAGAAGUACAAAGUGGCGUUCAAAAUCAACUCUGUGAUCAACACCUUCAAUGUGGAUGAAGACAUGAGAGAAAACAUCACAGAACUCAACCCUGUACGCUGGAAGGUGUUCCAGUGUCUGCUGAUCGAUGGCGAGAACAGUCUGAGGGAGGCAGAGAAUUUUGCCAUCAGCGACCAGCAUUUUCAGGUCUUCCUGGAAAGGCACAGCAGCAUCAGCUGCCUGGUACCAGAGGCCAAUCAGAAGAUGAGAGAUUCCUACCUCAUGCUGGAUGAAUAUAUGCGUUUCCUGGAUUGCCGAGAGGGGAGGAAAGAUCCAUCCAAGUCCAUCCUUGAUGUUGGCGUGGAAGAGGCCAUUCAGUUCAGUGGCUUUGCCGAGAAGAUGUUCCUAAAGAGAGGAGGGAAAUAUGUGUGGAGCAAAGCUGACAUGCGGCUCGAGUGGUGAUCCACACAUUAUAAUCAGUUAUUGCUACACUUCUGAAUGUAUUUUCUGUAUGUUUUUUUAUUAAAAAAAUAGUUUCCGCCUGUAUAACAGCACUUUAUACUUAAAUAUUUAUGAUAUUCUAAAAGUUAUGUUGGAAUCUUUUACUGCUAUACCUUGAGGCGUUUGUGUACUGUACCUUUAAUUAGUAGUACAAUUACACAACACAGCUACUCUACAGGGACAACUAUUUAAUCACUCACUGGAUAAUAAUAACUUGCUUUUUGUAUGUCCAGAUUUGUUGGUUUUUCCUUAUAUGUCCUGUUAUCCAAUUUUUUACAUGUUCUAUUCACCAGCCAAGAGGCUUAUUUGAACUUUCGUGUAGUAUUUGGAAUUUAGCACUUUGAGUGAAAUGUGGGGAAUUUAUGAAUACAGUUACUACUAUUUGCAGUGUGUUACAUCUGUCUCUGUAUGUAAUGUAUCGGGGGGAAAAAAAUAUGACUUUGCAUGAUACAGAAUGAUGUUUGUUAAUCACAAUCAAUUUACAGGAAGCAUAUUUAUUCAGUAUCUGGAUCAGGUUUGUUGCCAUACAACCAUUCCAAUUUUAAGAGGCAACUACUGUAGCUUAAAGUUAUAUGCUAUUGUUCUCCAUCCAUUUCAGUGGUUGUAGUUCUACUGUAGCCUAAAUGUGCAGUACAUGUCUAUUGGGAUAACUCAAAUCCCCACCCCUGAUAAGAUUGCUCACUGGAUCAUUAUGAGGAUGGGUUCCCUUGGGACUGACAUGAUGUCUCUGUUUACUACAGUAUGUUGUAAUCAGGUCUUGAUCUUUGUCUCAUCCUAUCUGGAGAUUCUUAAUGGGACAAUAGUCAGUCCCCCUUAUAUUAAUAAGCAGGCCUAUAAGCCUUCAUCUAUUGCUACUGAAGCUGAAUGCAAGCAUCAAGUAAAGCUUCAUUUUCUUUC